CUCACCUUUUUUUUCAAGAAAAUGGAAAGAAAGUUCGUACAGAGAAAAUCAUUCCCUCCCUUUUUCGCUCUUUCCCCUUGCCAUUUGAAAGACAUGGCUGCGCAGCUUCUCUUCCGUCACUGUUUCCAUUAAUGGCGCUGCAUUAACUUCCUUGCCCUGCAUCUUCUUGCAUUCCCCUGAUUUUCCAUGACCCACAUGGAGCAAGUUCUUGAAGGACCUGCCUCCGGGGAGGGGGAUAUAUGCUGUGGUCUCCGGAUGCGAAUCGCGGAUAUUCUACUAGUCGAGGAGGAAGAGGAAGAAGAGGAGGAGGAGGAGGAGAGCGAGAGUGGGGCGGACGCCGAGUUCGAGAUGGGCGGUCUCCGGCGGCGGCAAGGCGAAGUGGGUUCUUGUGGGUUCGAGUGUUCGUCGCCGGGUCGGGCGUUUUCGAGGUGGUUCAGAUGGCGCAAGGAGAAGAAGGGUGUGGUGGGGCAGGUUCGAGAGAAAGAAGAGAGGGAGUUUGGUGAUGGGUCGGGGAGCUUGGGCGUUUCGAGGAUAAGGACGAAGGUUGAGGACGGUUCGCCGGGCGCGGUCGAUGGGAAGGAUGAGUCAGGACAAUCUAGGAAUGAGAAUAUGUUUAACCUGGGAGCUGCAGGGAGUCUUUUAUAUCUGAUUGCUGCGAGUAAGAAUGAACUCAACAAAAUGGAGGAUUUGCGGAAAGAAAUGGAACUUUUUCUUCAGAAAGUCAAAGAAAAAGUACAGAGGAAAGAUUCUUCUCGUGAACCAUCUGAGUUGACGGAGAGUGUUGCAUCUUGUUUGACUGAUAUAAAGGAAGUCUUGAGCUGUGGCAGCCACAUUUUGGAGCAAUCCCAUAGAACGCCAUCUCCUUUGCUAGAACAACAUAGAUGUAUGCAGUCGAAUCAGUCCAGUGGAUGCGAGUCUAAACAAGAACCUGUGGAGGGGAUUGAAGAACUGGAAGCAGAAUUAGAAGCCGAGUUAGAGCGCUUGCAGCUUCAGUUGGAUGCUGAAACUUCUUCCAAGCAAUCAUAUCAGGAAAUGAUAAAGCAGAUUGCACCCAAGGAGUCAGCUUCAGGAAGUGCCCGUAGCACGAGCUUUGGAGAAGUAAUCAACCCCGAAGACGAAGUGACUGAAGUUCAGGGCGGAGUUCCCCCUAUUGAACUCAAGAGGAGGUUGCAUGAACUGUUGGAAACAAGACAGCAAGAACGAAUCAAAGAGCUGGAAGCAUCUGUAGAGCGUUUGGAGCACAAGCUAUCUGAGAAAGAGAGAGAGGUCUCAUGGUGGAAAGACACCGCCCUUCUUCUGUCACAGCAUGUAUCUGAGCCUUCUCAUGGUGGUCCAACCAACAAUGGAACCUUGAUAUGUUGAACUCAAAACUGUGAAAUUGAUUUGAAUGGUGUGCAGCUUUUCUUUUCCUUUUCUUAUCCUUUCUGAGACGGAUUAAGGGACAGAUAAAGGAAUGUAAUUAUCAGUUAUACAGCUUGAAUUUA